GUGAAUGUGCAGAGGUCUUCUUUAGGCAAGGAGUCUCUCCAUUACAGAAAAAAAACAAAAAUAAAAACCACCAAAACCACACUAUGACACACAAGCCCCAAAAUCCAGAAAUAAUCUGAAAAAAAAUCCCCAAACCCUGAACAAUCCACAACCUUCACUGAACACGAGCAGCAGCUGAGCCUGGCAAUUCUAGGGUCUGACUCACCAUUUCUGCACCCUGCCACUACUCCAGGUUCAUUGAAAUGCCUUUAGAAAGCUGCAGGGAAGAGCCCACGGUGGGUGUACGGUCCCCACCCAAAGGCACAUACAGCUGCCACUCCACUGGGACACACAGAGCUGUUGGGAGGACCAGGGUGCUCUGAGGAGCUUGUCUUUGUAUGUUUUUCCCAUUCAUGGACAAAUGUAGGCAGAUGGGUCCCUAAAAUUCAUCCAGAACACACGGCCAUCCCUCCUGGCUCCCUCCACACUCACCACUCGGGUAGGUGAGGGUCUGGGCACUCCCAGAUGAUGGCCCUGUGAGCAUGUGAUAGAUGCUCACUGGUUGUACCACAGCAGCAGAAUUAUAGAAUUGCAGAUUUGCUGAGAUUGGAAAAGUCCUCUAAAAUCACUGAUUCCAGCUAUUGAUUCCCUAUCACUGCCAAGGCCACCACUAACCCAUAUCCCCAGGUGCCACAUCCACUCCAUUUUUGAACACUUCCAGGAAUUAUGGCUUCACCCCUUCCCUGAAGAAACAUCCCCUAACAUCCGACCUAAACCUGCCCUUGUGCAACCUGAGGCCACUUCCUCUUGUCCUGCCACUUGUUGCCUGGAACAAGAACCCAACCCCCACGGCUGUUCCAUCUAAUAACUCGGCUCCUAAGCCUUUUGGUUAUGAUCCACACCCACAGGCAUAAAUACCACAGUGCCCACCGCCCAACAGGGGCUGCUGCGAGCCGCUGACGGCUCGAACGGCGGUGCCGCUCGGAUCCCGGUGCCAGCCGGUAAAUGACACAAGGCUGACAUCUGAGAGCGCGGUGCAGCAGGAAGCAGGAGCAAUCUGUUCUCUGCCGGUAGUUUUAUAACUCACACGGUCCGGAUGGUGUCUGCCCGCGAAAGGGAGGAUCCACCGGCAGCGGGGGCUGCGCCUGCUUUGGGGUUACGGAGGGGAACGUGUCCGUUUGCCUAGAAAGAACCUCAGACAGGGUGGGAUGUGACUUGCUGCACCUCCGGCACUAAAAUAAUGGAUUAAAAUGGGGUGAGGAAGUCCCACAGGAAGCCUGUGGUAAAAGAGGAGCCCCGCUGGCAGACCUCGGCGAGGGGUAGAGAGGAUAAGGAAGCUCCAAGGGCGGAGAGAGCCCCAGAGGACACAGCGGAGCCCCAGCAGAGACAGAGAGCCCAUAGGAAAUGGGUGUCUCAGGGGCAAUGGGGGCGCACGGAGGAGGGGAGAAGCACCCCAGUCCUGAGGGCACCGCGGUACGGGGCGGGGGGGGACCGGGACGUUCGACAGCGCUCGGGGCGCACGCGCGGGCCGGGGGAAUGCCGUGUGCGCUUCACGGGCAGCAGCACCUCAGGCCACCGCUCCCCCGGGACACAGCGGGAGUGGCGCUGCCUUUCAGCCGGGGGACCAGGCGGCUAUGCUGCCUCUCCCGCAGCAGACCAAGUCCAGCCGAGCCCCGCCAAGCCCGCGGCGACGACACGGCUGAGCGCUGCCCGCGCCAGACAUGGGCGCGCUCGGGCCCGGGGUAAGAUGGCUGCCGCACUGCUCCCUGCGCAGGCGCGUGGGGCUCGCGUGCGUCAUCAGCGUGCGGCGGCAGCGGCAAGGGCGGGAGAGUGUGGAGUGAGUGGCAGCUCCUGUCCUGGCUCAGCAGCAGCCUGGUUCCCCCGCGUGUCCCAGCAGUACGCUAUGAGCAGAGGCACUGGGGGAGGCAGAGGCUCCUGUCUCACCCAGCCAAGGCAUCACUACCCCAGCACUAACCGAGGUCCUUUUAACCACCCUCGUACCCCACAAGAAACUAAUCAGGAAACCUUUUUACACCAGCGGUUCCUAGCAGAGCAGGACGCUGAAGUCUCUGUGUUGCAGGGACAGGGAUCACACAAGGAGUGGCGCACCAGUGGCGGGCGAGCUGCGGCACCGGCUCCUGCAGGCAGAGGUCGGCCCAGCUCCAGCAGGGCUGCCGGCCGGAGCUUCUCCAGCCAGCAUCUGCGCGUUGAGACUCUGCCUCGCUACUGCCCUCCGCAGCACCAUCGUCAGGAGAGCUCCAGGAGAGAGUCUGACACUGUGAGGUUGAAUUUCCAGAGACUGUCUCUUGCCGGGCAAGACUAUGAACGAGAAAUUCUGACUGUUUUCAGGCAGCUUGGGGAGGGGAGGACUUGCACAGCUAAUGAGCUGGCACGUAAACUUAGAACUCAAAAGAAAGACGUCAACCGUGUUUUGUAUAAACUGCUCAGAGAAGGCAAGUUGCACAAAGAGGGAGAGACACCACCACUGUGGAGGGUUGCCAGCCCUGGUUCAGGGAGAGAUAGAAGCCCUACUGACCACAGUGCCAGUUGCACAGAUCCAGCAAAUUUUGAGAGCAGAGGAGGAGAGUGGAGCACGUUUGGCCUGGGAGACACAGAGAUGGCUGAGACAAAGGAGAAAAUCUGCAACUACUUGUUCAGUGUGGUGGAAACAACAGCUCUCAAUCUUGCCAAGAACAUUGGGUUUUCGAGAGCCAAGGAUGUUAACGCAUUUCUUAGCGCUCUGGAAAAGCUGGGUGAUGUCCACAAGCAGAAUGCAACUCCACCACGGUGGUCCCUGACAAACAGGAAACGUGAGAGGAUGCAGAUGAGGCUGAAGGCCAGCACAAUAAUGCAGAUGGCAGAUGCCACACCUCCUGAGUCAGGUCUUCCCUCUUCUUUCAUCCCUUCAUGUCCCCCAGAGGCAACUGCAGCUUCAUCAGCAGCAGUGAAAGAAGAAGAAAAAAGUGCAGAAAAUGGGCAGCAGCCUUUGGGGCAGGCUGGUCAGGACAAUGUCAGUGACACAGAACCAGAUGCAUCUGAGGACACUAAGCCUGACUUUUCUAGUUUGAGUAAUUAUGAUAACUCAGAAAACAGCAAGUGGACCACAGAUGAUAUCCCAGAUAAUCUGAAUGCUAUCAGCAAGCAGCCUGAUAAGUCAGAAGGCAUCAUGAAUUCUCAGUCUUCCCCCAGUUAUGCUGCCCAGUUCGAAACUGCUUUCCCAUGUACACCUGUAGAGAAACUGAUGGCUUGUCAGGAGAAGAAUCCAGUGAGUGGCCUUACUGAAUAUUCCCAGUACACAUACCAGCACUGUGAUUUCAUCAUGCUGGAGCAGAAUGGACCCUCUCAUGAGCCACGGUUUAAGUUCCAGGUAAUGAUCAAUGGGCGCCGAUUCCCACCAGCAGAAGCAGGGAGCAAAAAAUUGGCUAAGCAUGAGGCAGCAGCUAAUGCCAUGAAGGUCCUGAUUAGUGAAGUGGAGAAUGGAAGGCAAGGUGGAAUUAAAUGUGAGGAGCCAUUACCCUCCAACAGCUCAGAACCAGAACUGCCUUUGCAGCUGGAGCCAGAGCUGUCAUCUGCAGCAGCUCCCCUCAGCCUGCUUCCUGGGAAGCACCCUAUCAGCAUAUUAAUGGAGUAUGGUCAAAAAUCAGGGAACAUAAUUGAAUUCCAGCUGCUCUCUCAGGAAGGCCCACCUCAUGAUCCUAGGUUCAGCUACUGUGUGAAAAUGGGUGACCAAAUUUUCCCUGCUGUGGUAGGAAACAGCAAGAAGGGAGCAAAGCAAAUGGCAGCAGAAGUUGCUGUGAAGAUUCUUUCUGGAGAGUCUGUACCCCAUGUCUUGCCUGAACAGCCUGUUGUGAAGCCCCACAGUGACCAGUCCAUGCACAAUAUUACCACUCCAGAUGAAUCCAAAGUGGUGAAAACGAAGGGUGUUGGGGAGCUCAUCAAAUAUCUUAACGUCAAUCCUGUCAGUGGCCUGCUGGAAUAUGCCCGUUCCAAUGGGUUUGCUGCAGAGUUCAAACUCAUUGACCAGUCAGGACCUCCCCAUGACCCCAAGUUUGUCUAUCAGGCAAAGGUAGGAGGCCGCUGGUUCCCAGCUGUAACUGCACACAACAAAAAGCAGGGCAAGCAGGAGGCAGCUGAUGCAGCACUCAGAGUCCUGAUUGGGGAAUCGGAGAAGACCGAGCGCAUGGAAGGGAUGAGCAUCACUGAGCUCCCUGUGAGUGGCAGCACCCUGCACGACCAGCUGGCCAUGCUGAGCCACCAGCGCUUCAACUCCCUCACAGCUCGCCUCCAGCACAGCCUGCUGGGCCGCAAGAUCCUGGCUGCCAUCAUCAUGAGGAGAGGGGAUCAGGGCCUGGGAGUGGUGGUCAGCAUUGGAACAGGUAAUCGCUGUGUGAAAGGAGAAGAGCUAAGCUUGAAGGGGGAGACAGUAAAUGACUGUCAUGCAGAAAUCAUUUCUCGAAGAGGCUUUGUGAGGUUUCUUUACAGUGAGCUGAUGAAGUAUGACCCAUCUAAUCCUUCCUCUGCAGAAGAGAGCAUUUUUGAGCAAGCAAGAGGACAGAAACUCAAAAUAAAGAGCAGUGUUACAUUCCACCUCUAUGUCAGCACAGCACCGUGUGGGGAUGGAGCACUCUUUGAUAAAUCCUGCAGCGAUCAGGCAAACGAGAUGGGGCAGCCCCAGCAUCAGCCUCUCUUUGAGAACCCCAAGCAAGGCAAGCUGAGGACCAAGGUGGAGAACGGGGAAGGUACCAUUCCAGUGGAGUCAAGUGACAUUGUGCCCACGUGGGACGGGAUCCAGCACGGGGAGCGCUUACGGACCAUGUCCUGCAGUGACAAAAUCUUACGCUGGAAUGUUCUGGGCUUGCAAGGGGCAUUGCUGUCACACUUCCUGGAGCCAGUUUAUCUCCACUCUCUUACACUCGGUUACUUGUACAGCCAGGGUCACUUGACCCGUGCCAUCUGCUGCCGUAUGGAGAGGGAUGGGAGCACGCUGAAGGAAAAGCUCCAGGCUCCAUACCACAUCAACCACCCUGAGGUUGGGCGAGUCAGCGUGUACGACUCUGCAAGGCAGACAGGCAAGACAAAGGAGUCAUCAGUGAACUGGUGUCUUGCUGAUGAGAGCGAAGUUGAAAUCUUGGAUGGCACCAAAGGGAAAGUAGAUGGUGUGAAGCUGGAGGUGUCUCGUGUGUCCAAGAGGAAAAUGUUCUCCCUGUUCCAGCAGCUCUGUGCAAAGAACAACCGCAAAGACCUGCAGGGCUUCUCUGUGUACUCGGAUGCCAAGGAGGCAGCCACAGCUUACCAGGCAGCCAAGCAGUGCUUCUUCAGCACCCUGGAAGAGCUGGGCUAUGGCAGCUGGAUCCGUAAACCCCAAGAGGAAGAAAAUUUCUCUGUCCUUGAUGUGUAAGGAAGCACUCUGCAAGGACUGGGGGCUGAAUGUGCACAGGCUGUGCAUGGCUGUGCUUAUCCUUCUUUGACCACGUUUUUGGAGUGGAAUCAGGAGUCUGCAUCAGUUUCCUUGUAGGCCUGGCUGCCUUGUCACUGUCACUCAGACCCUGUGUUUUUAAAAUGUGCAUGAAAAUGAUUCUCAUGUUUUUUAAAGCAAGGGCAGGCUCAGUCCCCAUUUGCUUUUUUAUAGUUUUGUCCCCCCCUUUAUUGUUUUUUAAAGAAGGCAUGAGAAACCAGAGGAAUUUUCAAGACUCUGAGCUUGAAACCUUUGGACCAUGUACUGCAAAUCCCUCUGGCAGGUUUUGAGGCAAAUUUUUCUUCUUUGAGAUUAAAAAAAAAAAAAAAAACAG